AUGGCCCUCUGGGGUGAGCUGUGGCAUAUGUUCCUAAGUGAGCUGUGGCAAGCCAGCCACUCUGGAGCAAAUGGUGGAGCAUGCAAUUGUCCUCCAGGCAUGUGCCACAGCAUGCCAGCCACUCCAGAGCAAAUUCUAGGACACACUACAGCACAUGUGCCAGAGCAUACCAUAGCAUUCCAGAGAACUCUGGAGCAGGCCAUGGCCCUCUGGGGUGCAGUAAGGUUUGGUAUAUGUUCCAAAGCAAACUGCAGCAUGCCAGCCACUCUGGAGCAAGUAUUACCAGCAUACCCAGCAUGCCUACCCCUUGCAGAUACUACCAGAAUUGGCAUAGCUUAA